ACUCCAUCUGCCCAAGCCAUUCUCGCCUGCAGCAGCCCUGGCGGCAUCGCCUGAAUGGAAAGCAGCGACAAAUGCAGUGUCCUAUCCGGCGCGGACCGAGACGCCAAACUUCGGGAGAUUACGCAGGCUCUGGAGCUAAAUCGGCGACUGCAGACCAUCCUGCAGCAGUGCUUGGCUGAUCUGGACAAUUCCGAGAUCAUCGGAGAUCAAUACAGGAGCGUCCUUGCGGAUGAAUCUCCUCCAUCGUCUGGCUUCUGGAAGCGGCAUACCCCAGUCCACCUCAGACCACCCCAUUUCCGCUUGGAUCGACCAGGCCAUGCUGCGGCAACCGAGCCGCAUCCAAAUACCGACACCCUGCUGCUGCUCGCCUCCACCCCCAUGCGCAAAUGCCAUGCCUUGAGCAGCCGCACGGCAUGUACGAACUGCAAAGCUAUCGGGCGCCUCCGAACCGGUCUUAUUGUGCAGGCGCACUCGGUUCUGUCGCAAACGCCUGACGAUUUCUUACAUAUCCCAGGACCGGUCGCAGAUCGUCUGCAACUCGAGAAGGUUGUUCUGGUCCAUCAUCAGCGAACACACCCCGAGAUCCGCUUGCACGAUCUGACCCCAGGACAGAAACAGCGGAUACUCGAGCAAAUCGACAGCGAUGCGCUCGACUGGACUGAGAUCCAGAGGGACCAUUUCCCCCAACGGACAGCCCGAGCUUGCGAGAUCCAGUGGCGGCUCUGCCAGUCACCACGGCAUCAUCAAGGAGCAUGGACUCCUGAGGAAAAGACACACCUCCAGCGCAUUGCCAUCGCGCACCAAGAGCGGAACUGGCUUCAAGUCGCUGAGGAUAUGCAUGCCCAGACAGGAUGCGCCGAUCGCAUCGGAUGGAUAUGGUGGUCUGGAACGGAAGAUUUACAUCUGAAUUCCGUGGCUCGGGCCAUUUCGUCCUCUAGGCCAUUUACGUCGGACGAAGACAGCCGCUUGCGAGAGGCCGUCGCCAGAUUCGGCGAGAGCAACUGGCAGCAAGUGGCUCUGCAUGUGCAGACGCGAACCAAUAUCCAGUGUUGGGACCGCUGGACAAAGAUCAAUCCAAAAUUCCGCAAGGGCCAAUGGCUGCCUGAAGAAAUCCAGCGCUUCAAUGCCGCCGUCCAGCACUUUGGCGCAGGCGUCGACGCCGCUACGCUUGCAGAAAAUCAGCCAGCACUUGGAAGUGUGGGCGCCGAUCACGCAUACGUCAUUCGCACUGAGCAGCCACACAAGCCCUCGACAGGCGUGAAGCGCUCCGCUUCGGUUUGGAAAAGCCAUUGGGUGUUUCAUUUCGUUUUGGAAGCGCAGCAUACCGGCCCGAUUCAGGCGCCCAGCAUCGGCUACUUCGCUCUGCUGAAAGAUGGCCUCAGGCCGUUUUUCUCAGAAAGUGCUCUCGCCCCAGCGCCUUCGGCAUCGGAUCCAGUCCCGGAUGGAUCUGCAUGCUCACCGGCGCCGCUCCAAGCGCGAUCCGAACCCAUCCUCUCGUCUCGCAAGCCCAGCUCAUUCUUCGAGAGCGUCGACCUGGACGUAGCAAGCUCCUACCGCGAGAUAAUUCAAGCCGCCGAAGUUCUGGAGAGCAUUGUCGCGGAGGGCUCCUUAGCUGGCAUCACCAUCACAAAGCGGCACUCGAUGAGCCAAGGGGAGCUCUGGAGGGAGAUGACCGACCACGUCCUUAAACUUGUGUACGGCACGAUGAAAUACCUGCCCUACAUCGAUAUCAUUUUGGUCAAGACACAGUUCUUGGUGUACAACAAUCAGUUCCUCCACCACCUGUCGGUCGUCAAGGUAUUUUUGUACCAACUCAUGAAACACAACUUUGACUACCAAAGAUUCCCCGGCAUCCGCUUCGACGUGACCGAUCCAACUCCUGGAGAUCUCGAGCGGGUGGCAAUGGUGCAGGAGCUCGACGAGUGCCUCAAGAGUCACCGCACUAAGCUCGCAGCCGCAUUCGCACGCAUCCGGAUCGAAAAACAAGCCAUCGGAAGUAGCUCGGUUGAGCAGCUCAUGAAUAUCCUUCCCGAGGAAGUGAGGGCACGAGAGCAGAUUGCAGGGGAAAUGCCAAAGAUGGCCCGUAUCAACACCGUCAAGACAAGCAAGCUCAAAAUAACCGACGAGCUCAAGCGUCUCGGAUUUCCCGUGCAACUUACAGCAAAGCAUGUGCAAGGAGGAUCGGAGGAAUCACCUAUGGCUGUGAAUGGUGGUUUCGUGACAAUCUGGAUGAAGCCUGGCAAGAUCGGCUUUGAACAGCGCAACGGCGCAUGCGACACGCAGCUGACCCGAGGCUAUCUUUGCUCCCUCAGCACACUGGCCGAUGUCAUUUGUCUGGACUUUGACUUUGACGACGUGCUGGUGAUUCCGGCAGACUACUAUGAGGCUCUAAAGCUGUCGCCGCCGGUGGUCGAAGGCCGCCUGAUUUUUCAGGACAAGGCCAGCAUGUACGGACUCAGGCACCUCAAGACCCUGAUAUCUCCGGACGCUCAAGUUAUUGAUGCGCGCGCCGGAUGCGGAACCAAAACCAGCCAUCUUGCCGAUAUCCUCGGAAGCAAAGGGAGAAUCUUUGCGUUCGAGAGCCGCAAGAGCCGAUAUGAAACUCUGGUUUCGCGGCUCAAAACCCACGGGAUCAAAAAUGUGGAGGCCGUGGAUAUGGAUUUCAUGAACAUCGAUGUCCGAGAUCCACUCUAUAGUCAGGUGUCCGUUGUCGUUAUCGAGCCGCCCAACUCAGGCACCAGCAUCAUCGACAAGCUUGGAUAUUUGCUCCAGGAGGAAGAGUUCCCCUAUGACCAACAUACGCAGAAGGACCUGUUCUCGCUCAAGAGGCAGCAGUAUAACAUGAUCAAGCAUGCGCUCCAGCUUCCCAGUGUCAAAACGAUCCUGUACAUCACAAGGUCAACGCACCAGGAAGAAAACGAGCAGGUUGUUGAGGAAAUCAUGGAUCGCAUGGGCGCCACAUGGGAGCUGUCCUGCGUGCUACCGGAGAUCAUCAACGAGCGAACCGAGGAGUAUGAAUAUGAGGAAUGUCUCAAGAUCUCGCCCUCGGACAGCGGCAACGGCGUCUUCAUCGCGUGUAUGCAGAAGGUUCCCGAGGAGACCGUCGAGAGCUCGGACGAAGAGGUGGAGGAGCUGGACGAUGCCCCGGGAGCCGACACUGCUGCCGACCAGCCCAAGGUGCACCACGCCGAGGGAGUGGCCUUGCCGCGACGAAAGCGCCUCGUCAAGCUGCACUCAAAGUCAUCUCAAGACACGAUCGUAGUCGAGCCUGCAAAGUCAGGGAAAGCCCCGAGACUAUCAAAGACAAAGGCCUCGAGAACGACUCUUGUCCACCGCGUCGGCUCAAAAACAUCGUCCCUGGAGCGCCUGUCGACUGAGAAGAGGCCGUCCAAAGUCAGCUCCAAGCUCGAUAACGACGACGACGACGACGCCACACCGCCCCAGAGCAACUCGCCAGAGAUGCCCGCCCAGAAGACACGCAGGCUCAGGAAAAGGGUGUCGCUCUACGGCCAGGUGAUGGACGACAACGGCGAGUACAUCUUUGAUCCAGCCUUUGGCAUCUUUGGCUGCAGCCUGAAGCGAUUCUAUGCGCCACAGGCCGAUGCUUUAAAGCGCAUCAACAAAAACAGCGACAGUCAGCUCUAUGUACGUCCGAUCAAAAUCAAGUGGAAGUAUCCGGUUCCCAACCCGCGGCCUUGGAAGUGAAGGAAACAGGGGCUGGACACAGGGGCGGCUCCAGACUGCUGCGACCAGACGAAGGCCAUCCU